UGAUUAACUGACUGGCUGAGUGACCGAAUGACUGAGUGGUUGAGUGGCUACAUGACUGAAUGACUGACUGACUGAUAGAUUGACUGGCUGAGUGACUGACUGACUGAUAGACUGACUGGCUGAUUGACCGAAUGACUGACUGAGUGGUUGAGUGGCUACAUGACUUAAAGACUGACUGACUGGCUGAAUGAAUGAAAGGUUGAUUGACUAGCUGAUUGGAGUGGCUGACUGGCUGAAUGACUGAACGGCUGGCUGAAUAGAUGGUUUUGUGGAUGGCUGCCUGACUAAAUGACUGAUAUAUUAAUGGAAUGGCUGUGUGACUGACUGACUGACUGAAUGACUAAAUGACUGAAUGAUUAACUUACUGAAAUGUUCCUUUAGUUUAUCUUCCUUCUCAUCACCGCAACAUCACAUCUACAACACCACAUCAACCCACCAUAACCUACCCCUCACAGGUGGCGCCGGGCGUGGUGGUGGUGGUGGUGAUGGCGGUGGUGGUGGUGUUGGUGGUGCACGGCGAGGCUAAGGUGGUGAUGCAGUACGACACUACAGAUCAACACCACUUCCAGCACGGCAAGGCAGGAGAGCACGUGACCGGCGUGUACGGGUGGACAUCCCCAGAGGGCCACCACUUCCUCGUGCGCUACAUCGCUAACCUUGAGGGAUUCCGUGUUAUUGAGUCAAACGCCGUACCAGUGAACGCUGCGGGGGCGCGGGCGGACGGCAGGCAACGCGCGCCCCUCCACGCCCACGCCCACGUCCCCGGAGGCCUACCUGACGGAGAUAUGGGCGAACCCUGAUGGUGGUUGGGGGUGAGGAAUAUGAGUGGAGGUUUAAUAAAGAAUGCAAUACGAGUA